AUGUACAUGGUCAUUCAAUUCAACCCAGACAAUGACGUCGUGGAAUUGAACGAAUUUUGUGGAGUUGCUACAAGAGAACUAACCUUCGAUUCAAAUGGCGACUUUGUUAUUCCAGAAGGACAGGAGUACGAUAUGGAGUUACCGGAAAACAAUUUUGGGUUUAAUCGAUAUUUUGAGCUGGUGAGGAAAAUUGCCGAUGAAGAGUCAAACAAAAAGACUAUUAUGGAUAUGCCGGUUUCACUGAUGCUCAAGAUAGCAGGAAAUCUGGAUCCAGUGGAGAGAACUGCUCUUCGAUCCGUAAACAGAGCGAUGAAAGAUGUCGCCGAUGUUCUUCCCCCAACUUUAGAAUCUAUCUCAAUCGCAUGGAAUAAUCUCAACACUGUAAAAUGGAAAUUCAAUGAAAAUCCGACUGAACAUUCUGGAUUUGGAAAACUGGAGAAGCUGUCGAACGUUGGCGGAUUCAAAGUGAAUACUCUGAUUCUAAGAAGUCUCCGGAGAAUCGGUCGACCUCACGGUGAAGGCAAACUUGUCGAUGUUUUGAAAAUCAUCUCCUCGUUUGAAAAAUUCAAAACUUGUCAAUUGGGUAUCGCCGAUUUGUCAGAUCAAUUUGAAAUUCGAACAAUUGGCAAAGCUCUCGGAGUUGAGGUUCCAUUUGGACCGUUGAGGACUAUCAAUCAUCGUUAUCAAAUUCCGAAAUCCAAAAAAUGUAGCGAUUUGUGGAGUGACAGUAGCGAUUUGUGGAGUGACAGUAGCGAUUUGUGGAGUGUUAUCGUGAUUGCUCAUCGUUAUGGAAUCAAAAACGUGUUGGCAUACUGUGAAAGACAAUUGAUAAUGGACUUCGAAGAAGACAAUUUCUCGGAUGAAAUUUAUCCGAUUCAAUAUGCUAUACAUUCUCAUAACGGAAUCUGUAAAAUUCCAAAUGUUCCAGAAACUAUUCCAACUGUUGAUCAAACUCCAGCAAUACUUCUAUUCGAAGUCAACGACGUUACAGGGUAA